GGAAGAGUUGCGCAGAUCUGGCCCUACACAGCUCUCUGUGGCGCCAGCCCGUGAUGUAGGAUGAAGAUCAUGCCAUCUUGACUCAUCCAUCGUCACGCCCGAUGUUCUUUCUGGUGACGCUGGAUGACCUGGUUACGGUGGAGCCGGGGGACCUCGGCAAGUCUCAUGUGGACCGCCUCAUCGCCGCAAUACAAACGCGAUACGUCGACAGGGUGGGCAAGAGAGAGAGAAACACAGGCACACUUUGCAAUAAGGGCUGGGCUCUCUUGUAUCUGUGUUGGCUGUAUGCCUGGCUGCCUGUGUGCCCGCAGAUCAUCCCCGAUGUUGGUCUCGUGAUAGCCUUUUACGACUUCCUGCGGAUGGGCGACGCUCCCAUCUUCCCGGGCAACGGGUCCGUGCACUUCAACUGCCGCUUCCGGCUGGUGGCCUUUCGGCCGUUCAAAGGCGAGAUACUCACAGGCCGGCUUGUCCGGUCGGCACCCGAGGGGCUCACUGGUAACCAACCAACCAACCAACCAACCAACCAGGGCGGGUCGUGGUUUGCCUGAUUGAUGGCUGGUGCCUGUGUCCGUGUGUGUGAUGUGUAGUGUCGUUGGGUUUCUUUGAGGACAUCCGCAUCCCCUGCACUCUGCUGCGGGAGCCGUCCGAAUAGUGAGGGAGGAAGGACAGCCACACACAUAGAGAGAGGAAGGGAGGGCGGAUGGGAUGGCUCGGAUGAUUGCGUGUCCAUGUGGUCGCCCCCUACAUCCCAUCUCCCUGUGUGAGGUGAGUGCAGUGACGAUGUCGAUAAGGUGUGGUUUUGGCGGUACGGCGAGCACAGUUUGUAUCUGGACCUGCUGCAAAACAUUCGGUUCAAAGUGGAGGAGGUCCAGUUCCACAAACAAGACGGUCGGUCGGUCGAUGGGCCAGCAGACAGACAAACCACACACUGACGAACAUGACAAGUGGUGCAGCUGUGUGUGUAAUGGAUUGCUGUUUGGCAGGUGGCCAGCACCCGGUUGCUCUGUCGACUUCGCGACGUCUGCCGCCGAUGACAAUCAUAGUGAGCAGCAUGGCAUAGCCACCAGAGGGAGGGGCUGCGUAUAUUGCAUGGUCUUACUUGUCUCUCCAUCCGUGUGUGUGGUGUGUGCACUGCAGGGGUCCAUCAACAGCGACGGAUUGGGGCUCGAGUCGUGGUGGCAGACAGAGUGACAAAGGCGCUGAGUCGCCGACUGACCUGACCGGCUGCUGGAUAUUGUCAUCAUAUAUUUGCAUGCCCGGCUUAGACAGACAGCAUGACCAAUCAGUCUGUCCUUCGCAGUCAGUGGCUGUGGUGUGCGAAUGGAAUGCCGACAGACAGAGAAUGUUGAGGAUACACAGUGUUAGGAAGCUUCUCUUGUGUGCCUUCUGCUGCUAGCCCAUUGCACGGGUAAAGACAUGCCUGUGUGUUUGUGUGGGUGUCGACGUG